CCCAUGGCUUCAAUCCUUCCGUCAUGCCUCUUUCUUCUCAUGUCCAUCAUUCUUUUCUCCUCCUCCGCUCACUCCUCCCCUCAGAAUAUCCAAACUUGUUACCCUUUUCCUCUGCCACUCCAUUUCCCAACCGUCACUGAUACUACAGACAAUCUCUCCAUCUCCGGGAGAAGGCCGCCGCCGCCACCACCACCACCACAUCCACCACUUCAAGAACCGAAGAGGAUGGCGAAACCAAAGCGGAAGCUCAAGAAAGGCACCAUUAUAGCGGUGGCGGUUUCUACUGUGGCGGCUACCCUUCUGCUUUCUCUGGGUCUCCUGUUUUACAUUCGAAGACGCAUUCUUGCAAAACUCAAGGAACAUCGAGUAGAAUCUCAAGAAUUUACAAGAUUCGAUGGAAACCUUAAUGGGUUGAUUGUUGAAGAAGAUGGUCUUGAUGUGAUGUAUUGGAAGAAGGACAAUGAAGAAGAUGAAGAGAUGGGUUUUGCAAGAGAUGGAUCAAUCGUCCCUGAGAUUGUGCAAGAAACUCCUCUGCUCCAUGGAAUUUCUUCAAUGGAAGCUCCUGAUCACUCUCUGUCUAGUUCACGAGUAUUGCCAUUGCCGCCUCCUCCUCCAUCAAUGCCCCUGCCGCCUCCUCCAUCAAUCCCCCCGCCGCCCCCACCAACUGUAGUUGCCAAGACAGGGCCAUCCAAAGAUCAGGCUAGACUGAAGCCAUUACAUUGGGAUAAGAUCAAUACCAAUGUAGAUCAUUCUAUGGUGUGGGACAAGAUUGAGGACGGUUCUUUCAGCUUUAAUGGCAACCGUAUGGAAGAUCUCUUUGGGUAUGUAGCCACAGACAAGAAACUGCCAAUAGAGCAGAGUGGCCUCAACCAUGGCGGACCAAAGCUAAUCUCAAUUCUUGAUUCUCACAGGGCAAGAAACAUUGCGAUAAUUCUUAAAUCUCUGAACAUAACUCGGCAAGAACUUCUCGAUGCUCUCACGGAGGGAUAUGGCCUCGAUUCAGACACACUUGAGAAGCUUGUCAAGAUCACUCCAACCAAAGAACAACAAUUCCAAAUCCUCAAAUUUGAUGGCGAUUCAUCAAGACUUGGCGAUGCAGAAUCUUUCAUUUUCCAUCUCCUCAAGGCUUUUCCAACGGCCUUCAAUCGUCUAAACGCUAUGUUUUUCAAAUCAAGCUUCAAAUCAGAGCUUAAUCGACUCAAGGACUUUUCACAAACACUUAGUAGAGGUUGCGAAGAACUGAAGGGAAAAGGAUAUUUUAAGUUGGCUCGGGUCAAUCCAAAGAUUUUGCCCAUGAACCAAAAACCGAACUGA